GUUCAGAGGCCAUUUCCUCACUUUCGUCUCAUCAAUAGACAACGGUUUCCUGCCAAAUGUGUUCAAUCUUUUCAUUCAGCCCACUGGCUUAAUACGACGGAAGAUGGCCCGUAUGACAAUUACAAAACGGAAAACACAAGUUCCUGGUGGGCCGCAGCCAAUACUGUUUGUACCAGAUCAGGCGGGCACCUGUUUGUACCUCGGAAGCAAAAUAGCCUGGAUGAUCUGACCAACCUACUCGAUGAGAACAAGGUGUACUGGGUUGGCGGCUUUCAGUAUUCGUCUUUGAUAUGGACAGCUGACGUAACCAGAUACUACAGGAGGCUGGGCGUCAUGCUGGAUGUGUAUGGAAGGCACGUUAAACCAUCUACAAUCGACGACAAUUCUCCGUUUAUGUGCAAUGUGCGAUGUGGGAAUAAUUCUGGCCUGUUUGGACUCAAGGGACGAUCCUGUUACUGCCUUGGAGACGGAAGCAAGCUGCGUGGACUGACCGUUGAGAACAUGACACACACAGAGAUCCGUUGUCCUGGAGAUUACAACGAACUGUGUGGCGAUGACAAGCGGAUAUCGGUGUACGCUGGAGAUAUGACAAGUAUAUCAAGCAGUGGAACCUGCGGCUAUGUGAGGAAGAUAUCUGACAGCCAUGUGAAAUCACAACUUCAUCUGGAUGACGACUGCACUAAGAAGAGAUUCUAUGCCUACAAGGAACAAACAGGAGAGACAAGCAUGGGGAGUAGGCUGAGGUGUCGUGGAGGCGUGUGUGUGAGUAAUACAACUGAAUCAUGGACGGACGCAGUCUGGAAGACCCGUGGAUUACUGAAAGUAACAGACGCGAAUAGAGAGAGUCUGUACUCUGCCAUGCAUUACCGUGAUUACUGGAUCGGACUGAGGCGGCGCCAAGAAUACAAAUGGAUUAAUGGAAAUAGCGUAGCACGGAAUAUGUCCAGACAUUACUUGGACAAGCGAUGCCUUGCUGUGCGGAGAGAUGAUUCCCACGUACACGUGGCUUGGUAUCCUUGCUCGGACACCUACAGAGCUGUAUGCCAGUCCAUUAAGCCGGACAAAACAGAUGAUGAUCGAGGCAUAUACCUAGGCGUGGCAGCGACUAUCGUGGCUGUGUUUAUGCUGUGUUUAAUCGGCGCGGUUAUUCACUUUAAGAGAAAGGGUCUUUGUUGCUUCAAGGCGAAUGACGAGACGGACAGUGCUCAUUCCGCUAACUCCCCAAGUCCACUGCACUAUUCCCGUGCCACUGUACCUCGACUUCCUGGACAGACAAAUAACGUAAACGCCACAGAUCGCCACAAGCUUAACAUAUUAGACGCUGGGGUAUGCGAUGGGGACGCAGUCUACAGCGUGAUAGACGGCCCUGAGUGUCCUGGGUGCUCCGACCCCUACACUGAUCCUAUCAGAGCAGCUGGUGUGGAGGACGGGGAGUACAAUACCACACGACAGGCACACGGACGACGAGAUGAUAAUACAUAUAAUCACAUCCGCACAGGAUAUGACCGUGAGGGUUCUGAUCAAGAUGGGAAUCUGUACCACGAGGUCACGGAGGCCUGAUGUCAGGUCUGGGGUGGGAUCACCAUGUUGGAGCUUGUGUAGUGGACGGGGAUGCUUUGGAAAGACCGAGACAAGAGAUGACUCAUGGUUCUAAAGAAACAUCCGAUUCAUUCAGCAAUUUGGCCAGAAUCUGCUGAAACCUGUCACAGCAGUACAGAUGCGUCAGAAAUAAUUUGUAAUACGGCCUUCGCCAGCAAUAUUGUAUUGUCUUCUGUAGCUAACAUAUUUUAGAUUUACAUAGUAGUUACAUAUUCAUAACUGUGAUAUUCUAGUUGUUUUUUUAUUGUCCUUCGUUGAUAGGCUUUGUAUAAUUUACAUGUAUUUAUGGUGAAAAACUUGUUUUAGUCACGAUAUGGCUAAAAUAUUGGCGAUGUGAGUGUAAAUCUUAACUCACUCACUCACCUGUGCCAGCUCACGACUGAUCGGGUAAACGGAUAUGUGUAGGGAAUGUGACAAUCACCUCCAGAUCCGUCCUGACUGUGUAGAGUGAGUGAGUUUAGUUUUACGCCGCAUUUAGCAAUAUUCCAGCAAUAUCACGGCGGGGGGACACCAGAAUGGGCUUCACACCUGACUGUGUGGAACGUACAGGCGAAGCUUACCAUUGGAACUCCUGUUUCGUAUUGUAAAAUGUAAUGUUUAUUUCAUUAUGUAGAUGAACAGUAUACUUUACCUUGCACGAAUGCUACCUACUAUGACGAUAUGUUUUCAAAUGUGUACGAAAUGUUUCAAGAGAGUUGGUGAACCCGAAGUGGCGGGGAAUUUGUAUCUUGCAGUGCAGUGGUCCAGCACUGACGAUGCUGUAAGUCUACUCACAGCUCUGUCGUCUAUGAAUCCAAUGAAUGAGGUCCUUGCAGUACGACUGCUUCGAUGAUUUCGUUCUGCUGAACAUCACACCAAGAUUCUUCAAUUUGUCUUUUUAUGUCUGUACUGUAGUUAACUUUGGUAACCAACUACAUUUACACUUAUCUUGCCUCACACAUAAAUGUCGUUUUCUGAUUGGCUUCGCGCUAUUCUACUAUUUUCAAUGUACCUCGCUUA